AGGACAAAAGCAGAGGAGUCCAUGAGCCAGCAUGCUGAUAGACUUCCCCCGUUCAACACGCUGCUCUCUAAUCUGCAUGCAGACAACUUCUUUUUGGAUAUUUGGAUUUCUUCUGCAAAACCACGACGUACAAUCUUUCAUCCGACACAGUCGUGUCUGCAUAUCACACGGCACGCAGGAGAGAGAGAUAAAAAGAGAAAACGAGGGAGAGGAAAAGGAAACCGCUUGCCUGCGCAUUAUUCUCUAUAGGAAUUUGCCUCAUUAGGACCAUGACACCUCGGUUACAACGGCUCAGAAGUGCCAAGGGUCACGUUCACAGUUGCCGCGCAAGCACUCAUUCCUGCGCUCAGCUGAGAGACAAAUGGAGAGAUGCAACAAUUUCACUCUUUGAUCAUGCCAGAGCCGGUCUAUGCUGAAUUGUUAGACAAAGGCUGGAAGAGCCCCCUCCUCUUCCACGCUGCAAAUUUGUCCGUGCCUCUGAAUUUCCACUCAUUCUGCCUCUCCGGUCUGUGUUUACCUCCAUCUGCUGAAUUCUCCACCCCUUUCUCUCACUCUCUCAUGUUUCCUCGCUCCCUCCCACAGCUUACCAUCUCUCCUCCCCUCGUGCCUUCAAAGCCAGCCGUCUGCUCAUCACUCCAGGGCAGCUUGCUACAUGAUCUUUCAGAAAACAGCUUCAGCGUCUUUCUCGAGCUGCUCCAUGCGCAAGCUUCAUUAUAAUUUCUUGCCCAGGACUGCAGGAUGUUUCUGUGCUGGCACUGAUUUCUCAAUUUCUCUUCUUGUUUUCCCCUUCCCCUCCCCUGUCCUGAUCUCCUGCCCUCUGACCCUCACCCCUCUAUCCUAUCCUAUUCCUUCCUGUCCCUAUUCCUUCUCUUCUUUCCUUUCUCUCUUGACCAUGUUGCCAUGUGUCCACCGACUCCAGCCAGUCCUUGCCUUGCUGUCCUUUACUUUGUUGACUCCAGGGGAAAACUGUCCAGCCAUCUGCCUGUGCCCAGACCCUCAUACGGUGGACUGUAGCGGGCGAGGACUUACCCGUCUUCCAGACGAGAUCCCCUUGGAUGUGCGAAGGCUGCUGCUGGCUGACAACUGGAUCCCUCGUAUUCCCUCGGACUUCCUAGUGCUCUACAGCGACCUGGUCUAUCUUGACCUCCGUAACAACACGCUCUCCCAUAUUGAGCCGGGCACCCUAAGCACAUCCUCCAGGCUGGUUUUCCUGGACCUCGGCUGCAACAACUUGACCGAGAUCCCCAAAGGGACUUUCGGAGAGACGAGGAGCCUAAUUAAGUUGCGCUUGGGCAACAACCCUUACUUGAGCAUGGUCAACGAAGAUGCUUUCAUGGGUCUUACAUCCUUGCGUGAACUAGAACUGGAACGCAACGCCCUGUCUGGGCUUCAGGUGGGCGCCCUGAGCCAGCUGCCCUCCCUUCGGGUGGUAAGGUUAGAGGGCAACCCAUGGGUGUGCAAUUGCAACUUUGCCAACCUGUUCACUUGGCUUGUGGAGAACAGUCACAAGCUUCCCAAUGGUAUUCAGGGUAUGGAGUGCUCUUUGCCCACGGAUGGACGCCGCGUGCCUCUCAGCCAGCUCUCCCAGGACAGUUUUCGGGAGUGCCAGAUCACACUCACCCUCACCGAUUUCCUCAUCAUCAUCUUCUCGGGCAUCUCCGUCUCUGUGGCCGCCAUCAUGGCCAGCUUCUUCCUGGCUUCCACUGUCCACUGUUUCCAGCGUUGGAGCAAAGGCACUAAAGGAGACGAGGAAGAGAGUGAGGAAUGAAUGGUGAGGUUGGAGCCGAUGACCUUCAGUCUGAUUUAAAGCUGCCAGUCCAUGACAGGAGGUAGCUAAGAGUUCAAUCAAACAGCAUGACUGACCAGACACCAGCUAGAACUCAACCUGAUCUAACAUGGUUGAAGGCGAAAGAGACAGUCAUCCAUGAUCUGAAACAAUCGUUUCUCAUUUGGAUAGACGCAUUAUAGCAACAGCACUAUUAAUAUUACUGGUAUGGACAAAGUACCCCUGAAAUCUAUGGAUAUUUGGUAUGAAAGCAAGCCUUAGUAUGGAAACGUCCAGGGAUUCACAUGUUAAAGGGAAUUUCUAUAAGGUCAUGUCCUCCGGUAGAGUUAUCAGUGUUGUUGAAUAUUGUUGUCCAUAGAGUCUCUUCAUGUAGUCAAUAUAAAGCUAGCAAAAACUGUGCUACUUGUUGAUUGUGCCAAAUUAGCACAGGUAGACAGCAAUGGUUUGGCAAAGCACUGAGGAUUAUGAAAGGCAAGUUAGUUAUUUAUUAAGUCAAGUGUUGCAGUUAUAGUUUUAUACAGCCAAGAAUAUGUGAUGGAAGCCAUUUUUCUUGAAUUUUGCAAGGCUGCAAAACCAAAAAACGUGAGCUUAGAAAGAUCUCAGAAGGCAUUCGCUGAAAUUGAAAGAUCUAGAAUAGAGCUUGAUGUGAAGAACGUGGCAAAUACUGCACUUUAAAAUGCUUCUACCUGAGUUACGCUGGCCCUCAAACCACACGGUGGAAUGGUUCCGCCCAGAUCUGCCAAAGAAUGAGGCACAGAGGGACCGUGAUUUGGAAUAUAGAUUUAUUUUUCUUUAAAUAAAGUCUGUGAUCUUAGCAAGAUUACAUUUAUUUAGUGUAAUUACGGAACUCAAAUAUUUACCCUUAAUGUGACUUCUAAAGACAAUAUCUAUGAGAUAAAUACAUACUACUAUUCUGCAAAUGUCAUUGUGUUAUUCAUGUCUUAAUGGUAUGUUGGCGAAUGCAGUCAUAUAAUGGCUAUAAAGAUUAUUUAGACGCUUGAGCCACAAUUAAAAAUGUACUGUCAUUGCAUUAAAUAACAAAAUAUCAAUCCAAGUGGCAUUUAUUUUAAAGAAAGGUGGUUUGACAUAUUUCAAACAAAACUUUUCGCUAAAUGGCACUCAAACUUAAAGGAGUAUUCCGGGUCAAGCUCAAUCAACAGCAUUUGCGGCAUAGUGCUGAUAACCACAGAAAAUAUUUUCAACUCGUCUCUCGUGUAUUUAAAAAUCAUGGUUACAGUGAGGCAGUUACAAUGAAAGUGAAUGGGGCCAGAGCAAAAACAUAAAAAUUCAGACUGUUUCAAAAUAAUAGCCAGACGAUGGAAACAUUAAACGUUAACAUGAUUUUGCUGAAAUCUCUGUUGUUCUUUUUUAUUUUAGUGUGAUAAUAUUGCUUUUAGUGUUGCGUUGUCAUGGCAACGAAUAAAUAUUUGAUGUAAUAUUACACUGAUAAGGUAAGUGAUUUUAUAACACUAAAAUCAUGUUAACAUGGAUAACAUUUACAUCUGAUGGCUAUACUUUUGAAAUUAUGUAUAUUUUUAUGUUUUUGUACUGGCCCCAUUCAUCUCCAUUGUACUGUAAAUGCCUUACUGUAAACACAAUUUUUUCUUUUUUUUUCAAAAUAAUCGAGGGAAGAGUUUGAAAUAUUUUUUUGUGGUUAUCAAUAUUAUGCCACAAAUGCUGUCGACUGAGCUCAAGUUCCUUAAGCGCCUUCUCCUAUCAGAACCCGGAAUAUUCCUUUAAUGGAACAUUGAUGAUUUACACCUGUGGUUACUCUGCUAGGACACCUGUGUGAACUUGAGGGGAACUGAUUUCAUACAUUCACUGUAAAUCACUUUAGGACCAGUUAGUUAAAAGAAAUCAGAAAAAUGGCUCAAAAAAGUUGGAAAUGUUUUGUUUUCUAAUGCAAAGUGUGGCUUAUAGGUCCAAAAAUUUGGGGGUCAUAAAAGUACAUUCUUGUGUCUUCAGAUUGGUGUCUAGUGUAAACAUACAGUAUAUAACUAAAUGGCAUACAUUUCCACUCAUAUUGUCAGUAUCAUCAGGAAAAUAAUACAUUGCGUGGAGAAAAUGGUUUUGGAAUGUCAGAAAAGACAUUUGAUUGUUUUUAUUUUCCUUUAUAUUUGUACUAUAUGGCCAACAGUAUAUGGACACCCAAACACAAGGGCAUAGAUUUGUCUUCACUGAAAUUAAGGGGCCUAGACAGACCUGUUAAUUAGAACGGAGUGUCCACAUACUUUUGGCAAAGUAGUGUAGUUUGUAUCAGUUUUACUUCUUUAAUAUCUUUAUUUAAAAGGGCUUCAGGUGUCUUUAUCAUGUCAUCAGAGUUAAAUGGAGGUAAUUUUCUAAGGGUUAGUUUAUUUAUGAAAAAAAAUAUAUAUAUAUAUUUUUCCCAAUUUUAAGAAUCGCAAUCAUUUAUAUCUUAAUAUUUGUAGAUAUAUUAGAAUCCCCUGGUCCCACUGUUGCUGUUCUGAGAAUAUGUAGCUAUUGUUUUCCCCAGACUGGUAUCGCAACUUCAUUUUUGCUGUGCAUGAAUUAUUUAUUGGAUCUGCAGAAUUAGGCAGACAGUGUGUUAGCCUUCGAAAAUAUUGGAGAUGGAAAGAAAAAAUUCUUGAUGGAAAUCGAUUUAUAUUUUUUAAUGAGAGCAUUUUUAAAUAAUUCUAUUCUGCUCACACACCUCAACCAUCUUAUUUUGUUGGAUGUAAGAAGCACGUCUGCAUAUUAAUGUAAUGUAAAUGUUCCAGUGUCAGACAAGGUUGACCCAAAUGCACAAUCUGUUCUUUCAAAGCUAGACUGUAGCAUUGUACACUUAAAAAAAAUAUAUAUAUAUAUUUGAGCCUAUUUUUUUUUAAAUAAUUUUUAUCCCCUUUUUUCUCCCAAUUUGGAAUGCCCAAUUCCCACUACUUAGCAGGUCCUCGUGGUGGAGCGGUUAUUCACCUCAGUCCGGUUGGCGGAGGACAAGUCUCAGUUGCCUCCGCUUCUGAGACCGUCAAUCCAUGCAACUUAUCACGUGGCUUGCUGUGUAUGACACCGUGGAGACUCGCAGCAUGUGGAGGCUCAUGCUAUACUCCGCGAUCCACACACAACUUACCACGUGCCCCAUUGACAGCGAGAACCACUAAUCGGGACCACGAGGAGGUUACCCCAUGUGACUCUACCCUCCCUAGCAACCGGGCCAAUUUGGUUGCUUAGGAGACAUGGCUGGAGUCACUCAGCACGACCUGGAUUCGAACUCGCGACUCCAGGGGUGAUAGUCAGCGUCAAUAUUCGCUGAGAUACCCAGGCCCCUAUUUUAGCCUAUUUUGUAAGAUUAACGCAUUUCAAUUUCAUAACAAAAUUCAAUUACAUUGAAUUGUGUAAUGUUUAACUAAAUUAAGUGAAUCAGAAUAUUUAUUUAUGUUUUAUUAAAGAUUACUCAGUUCAGUUUGAUGGAAUUUUGUUAUGAAUUUGAAAUGUGUAAAUCUUUUUAUUUUUAUAUAUAUAUAUAUAAUAUACUAUAUUAAAGUAUUUUAAGUACAAUCAGCAAAAAUCCAACCUGCAGCUAUUUUUAAUUCAAUUCAUUUGAGUUGUUUAGCACUUUUCACAAUAUUGUUCUAUAAAGCAGCUUUAUUUGUCAUAUUGUAUGAUUGGACAUUUUUAAGCAUACUUAAAAAUGUAUGAAUGUCAUUGCAUUAGAUGAGAAACUCUCAAAGCAAUGCAAAUUUAUUGUAGAAAUAUAAUGUAGCACAAGCACUAUUUUUAAGCGAAGUUUUUCAGGUAUCAAAUGAUAAAACAAUAGAUGAACUGUCAAAAAUGAAGACAAGCUAGGACUGUCACUUUAUCCAUUAAAAAUUACCUUAAGAACAGCUAGAUAAAAGUCCUUACAUAAAUUGGUUCAGAAAAGUGAAGUUAGUGCUGAGAAAAGCUCUAGCAUUAUUUGUCUGCCAAUGCUAUUUGUUUUGAUUGUUUAUCUACUUUAUGCAAUAAAAUGCAUACAAUUUUAAGUGUGCAAAAGUGUCCAAAUACUUCUUUGGGCCGCUGUAUGUGUUCAAAUGUAUAGCUGUGUUCCACUGCCCAAAGAAAUCCAAUAUAUGGGUAUACAGUAAAUAUGUAUUUAUAAACACAUACAGGUACAUUCAGUUGUGAGAUUGUGCAGAAAAAUCCUUGUUUGCCAUGACAACAUUUAGAAAAGCAGUGAAACAUUUUGCAUCAAAUAUGCAUAAUCUUCACACUUUCCUUGUGUCUACAAUAGCAGACUUGCUAUUCAGUGAUUUUAAGGGAGUAAAUCUGCAAAAUGCCUUUACUGUCUUGUAAGCACCUUUGGGUUGGCAAAAUUGCACUGCCUGGUUCUUGGUUGAUCUUUGUUCUCCAAAGCAAAUAAUUGUUUCUGAAUUCAGUAUGUGUAUUGUUUGAAAAGAGCCCAGAGCUCCCAGCAUCAGUCAUAUCCUGGACCUGUGUCAUAACUUUCACACUGAGCAAUGUAGUAAAGACAUCUGUGUUGCACUAUGAUAAAAUAGAGUAGUAUGUUCAUUCUCAGUCUUAACUGAACACUGUGUAUACCUAUAGAAAACCAACUACUAUGUAGUUUCAGUAAACAGAAAUAGAACAUAAUGAAAAUGUUUUUUUUUUAUUUUUAUUUUUUUUCUGGACGACCCUAAAACAACAGCAUUCAAUACUUUGAUUUGUUUUUUUAUUCCAUAUGGCAGUGCACUGUUGAUAAAAUACAAUAUCAUAUUAAACGGUAAACAAUUUACAGAGCUUUAAUUUUUACUUAUUUUGUUAUUCUUACUAUUUCUUUAAAGGGAAAUUUCACCCAAUCAUUAAAAUUAUGUCAUCAUCAUUUACUCACCCUCAUGUCGUUCCAAACCCACAUGAUUGUUUUUUCUAAUGCGGAACACAAUCGGAGAUGUUUUAAUGAAUAUCAAGGGCCGCUUUUUCGAUACAAUGGUAGUGGACAUGUCUUUACUUUAAAGUAGGGCUGUCAAUCGAUUAAAACUUUUUAUCAAACAAAUUACUUGACAUGCCAAUUAAUUAAUCAAAGUAAUCACAAUUUAUCUCAUAUAUAAAUAUUUGCUGAGAAAGCCCCUCACAUAACAAUAAUUGAAUAUACUGUAUAAUGAUUAAAUAACUAGUUUUUUUUUGUAAUAUUUCUAAAAAUAAAAUAUAUUCUAAAUAUAAUAAUUCAAUGAAUUAAAAAGCAUUACAUUAUUGUAGCAGACGAGUAAUUGUUAAGACAAUACAGCAAGUGACUUUAGAAGGCAAUAUAUUGUUUAUUUCCAUACUAUUGAACAAAAGCCUAUCAUUGGCCUACAGUCCACAGCAAUCACUUUUGCAAUUGAAUUCGUCAAUUUGUCCGAGACAGAUUUAUUCUAAAGGCUUUUCAAAGGAUGCGUCAAUGUACACUAGCGCCAGACAUACGCUUUUGGAGCAUCUCACUUUAAAAGUAGUCCAUACGACUUGUGCGUCAUUUUCCAAGUCUUCUGAAGGAAAAAAAAAUUCAAGUAAUGUCUUAAUGAAAAUCUUGACUUCCGUUGCACGUUCACAAUGGCAUGCAUGUUCAUGUGAGAACUUGCACUGUUUAGCAAAAAAAAAAAAAAAAAAAUUAUGCAUGCUCCCUCAUCCUCAUGCCUUUUGGAAAGACAUGAGGCAACAUGAUCAUAGAGAAGUCGGCAUGUUGUUUCCAAGAGUUCUGGUACCCUAAUAUCAGCCACGUUAUGCCGACUCACUGACAAGCAUCAUCUCCUAUCAGACAUUUUUGCAUCGGCUCCAGUGUGUUUACCUUCCCCUGUGUUGCGACUGCAAGCACAAUGUGUCAGCAGCGUGGGAGACCUGGGAUGAAAUCCUGCGUUGAAACCAGAAAGUAAUUGCGUUUGCAUUUAUCAGUGACGAGCGUGAUUCAGAGGUUGAAUUUUUCCCUCUAACAAUACAUGGUUAGGUUUAUUUGGGGGAUUUGUUUUGAGGGGUACAGAUUUUUAAAUAUGCAUGCCUCUUCACUGUACUACAGCCUGUUCAGCUGAAAACAAGUCACUUCACAACUUACCACUUACACGCCCAACAACACUUACCACUUUGGCCACUGUGGGGGUGGUUCGCAUUUCAGUGAGCGAAGAAUGACUUUAGCAAAAGAAAGCCAACUUACUGUUUUCGAGAUCAGUCUGCAGGAGGGUGAGUACAUUAUGAGAAAUUUUCAUUUGUGGGUGAGCCAUCCCUUUAAGUAGAAAAUAACUAACAGAUGUAUUAUUUUGAGUGUCACCACAUUUACCUUUCACACAAAGCUUGAUAAUUGACGAGUUUAAUGGAUUUUGUAACAUUAGGGACAAUGAAUGUGAAAUUGGAAAGCACUUUAAGGAGAUACUGCGCUGACUCAACCACAACAGAAUUUCAUACCCCAGUAUGAAUGUUUAUGACGUAAUUCUGUGGGUGAUAAUUAACUGUCAGGUCAUGUCUGCAGUCUGUCAAGAGCAAAGACAACUUAGGUCUGAAAACUUAGUGUCGAAGAAAAUUAUCAAACUAAGGGUGUGAGAACAGUGAUGUUAUAAACUCUCAAACUCUCAAAUAUUCACCUUUCAUUUAAAUACAAUUGAUACUAGCCUACAGUGAGCUCCGAGGUUGUUAAUCGGUGGUAUGCCUCUGUUGAAGCAAUCAGUCCACGUUAUUUUAUCUUAAUAAAAAAACAAAAAAACAAAACGUGAUUAAUAGAGGAAUUUCUGGAACUAAACUAUCCAUGAUCCUGAAGGCUAACAAUCCAACAGUCAGAUAAUUGCAGCAGACAGAGUGAGCCAAAAGAGCCCGGCAGCGACCGCCCAUUGGCAUGACACACUGUGAAUAACGCAAUCGAAUCGGUCUCCCUACAUUCUCAUGUACUUGCACUAAUAUAUUUGUAUACACCUGAAUAUUUAGCAAUAAACUUAAAAUAUAUUGUUUCUGUACUUAAAAUGAACAAUUUUCAAUCAAUAGUUUUAUAUUUUUCCAUCGUUUUUAAUUUGAUUGUCAUUUGCAAUGCUUCAUGGGAUUGUAAUUCAUUCCCUCAUUAAAAACAUGAAGUACACAGUCUUGUAUCUUUUUCUUUUUGUCAGAUUUUCAAAUAUUUUUUAUGCUUCAAAUCAAAGUUUGUAAUGUUGUGAUUCACAUCACAGCUGGUUGGUUCAUGGCUUAGAACUCUUUUAUGAAGGAUUUUAUGAAAUACUUAUGGGGAAAAAAAUAAAUGGGGAAAAUACUUUGGGAACCGAGGUGGCCGAAAAGGUGUGCAUCCACAGUUGCGCUCUAGAUGUAAUAAGUACAACCCUAUCUUAAUGUCAACAUGAAACUGUGUUCACAGUCCAUUUUAGUUCUGUAAUACCAUAAUACCGCUGCUCCCUAUAUUCACAUGACGCAGUUUGCGCAGUCACCCUCACUAUCUUUCCAGCACUAGAAACACCACCGGUUGUCCUUACUCGCAAGUUAUAUGUUAUUCAAGGACCCGAUAGCAGUCCCGGAAC